AUAAAAAAUAUGAAACAACUAAAAAUCAUUGAUAGAACAACAUAAAAGCAAAAUAAAAAAAUUAGUUUAGGUGCGAAGAGAAAAGUGAAACAAAAGUGCAGUCGUGUCAACCAAAUACAGAGAAUAAGUUGCUUAAUUUUAGAGUUUUAAGUAAAGUUAACAGGAACCGUAAUAAUAGUAUUUAAUAAAAUCUAUUAAAAAUGGCUGAUGAACAACCCAAUCUUGUUGCUGGACACCCACCUGCAGUUAAGGCUGGUGGUAUGCGUAUAGUACAACAUAAAACUCCAACUAUAGAACGUGCAGCUAAGGAUGCUGAGGAUUGCACUGGUUUAACGCAACCAGUGGCUGUAAAUACAAUGUCUGUUAGUGGUGCACCCGUUAAAGGUAAUAGUGAUUAUACACCACAAGCUGCACAAGUUGCUCACUCACCAAAACCACCAGUACAUGUGCCUCAUAAGCCACAAAUUAAUAUUCAACAACCACGUAAACAGUGAAGAUAUAUAUAUUUUUUUGUCAAAUUUGAAGAGCAAUCACAUUCCUUCAACAAAAUAAAUUGAUACUUAAUGUUGCUUAAUGUCUUUCAAAUUUCAUAAUUGUUAAAAAUAUUUGUAAUAUGUAAUUUUAUAGUUAAAGCAUUUUGUUUAUAUACACAUAUUUAUACAUAUAUUUUAUUUUCAAAGUAUCUUAUCAAGCAUUUUAAAUGACUCAAAUCAAUUUUGAUUACUUUUCCAUGUUUUAUGACAAUAUUUUGUAAACAGUAUACUUAUAUAAUACAGAAAGAAGUUGUGUUUUCACAUAUCGUGUCAAUAUAAAUUGUAACAUUUCAAACUCUUCAGUUUAUUCUCUUUUGUAAUUUGAAAUAUUUUUGUACAUUUUUGUCAUUAUAACGCAUAUUAAAUAUUUAUAAAUACAAUAUGAAUUUAAUUUUUAUAAUAAAGUUUGUUUAGAACAAGU